UUCUUUGAGUGUGUGGGAGCGUUAUGUUCCAUCUUCGUGCUUGUGCUCUUCACGACAUUCUGCAAGUGGUUGAAGGACGUGAUAUUCAGCGACAUCCGCGCGAACCUCCAGAACGACCCCUUCGUCCCCGUCCUCGCCAAUGGAAUCCUUGUCGACGUACCUGCCUCCGAACUCGUCGUCGGUGAUAUCGUCAACAUCGUUCACGGCGAAACAGUGCCAGCAGAUGGUGUGCUCAUUGAAUCAGUCAACAUGCUCGUUGAUGAAAGUUUCGUGCCUGAUGAAUCCAACUUAAAGAUAAAAGACGAAACUGACGACAACAUCAUGCUUUCCGGAACGGGCAUAUUGAAUGGCAAAGGCAAGAUGGUGGUCACAGUGGUUGGCCAGCAUACGAAGAUCGCAGAGUACAAGAGGGACAACAGCCAGGAUUUCGUUAGAUUUUGUAUGCCAACUCAAACUCUUUCGUCUUUUUUUAUUAUUUUAACAUAUUUUUAUAGAAUGACAAUAAAUAUUUGUAAUGGUAUUCACGCCGCACACAAACAAACACGUUCAGCUAUCGACGCAGAGCAGACGAUAAUACGCAACCAACUCAUCAAAUUCAACACGGCCAUUUCAGGCUUGGGCCUCGUGCUGGCCACCACGUUGAUAUGCUCGAUAAAGUUCACGUACAGCUACUUGAAGGAUCAGUUGAAGUGGUCCCGCGAAAUGAACGAGGUCUACAUCGGCUUCCUCCUCUUCGGCCUUACCAUGAUCGUCGUCUCCAUCCCAGAAGGUGCUGCCAUGAUCUCCAUACUGUCCAGUGCUUUUACCGUUGAGCGGAUGAUGAAAGACCAGAUCUUACUACGGAACAUGACGGCCUGCGAGAAUCUGGCCAACGUGACAACCAUCAUCACUGAGAAGACAGGCAUCCUAUCUACGGAUCGUAUGACUGUCGUCGAGUGCUUCAUCGGAGGCAAGAUGACGAUGAUGAUGAUGAUGAUGACGCACUCACACAAAUACGCAUUCAACACAUUUCAGACGCAGAUGGAACUUUUGGAGGAUUCCAUCUCCAUCAAUUGCAACUAUGCCUCUGAGUUGAUGACGUCGAAGCGGCACGAAUCAGAGCCACCGAUUCAGAUUGGCAACAAAAUCGAAUGCGCUCUGUUAAGUUUUUUGGGCACGUUAAAGAUAAACUACCAGGUGAUAAGAACGAGAGUACCCGUUGAAAACAUCAUCAAAGUCUUUCCAUUCAAGCCCGGCAAGAAUACGAUGACAACGAUUUAUUCGCCAUACACUGAAAGAUUUCUCGUGUUGACGAAAGGUGCUGCCAUCAAACUGCUACCCAAAUGUCGUUACAAGAUAAACAGCGUUGAUGCAGUUGUUGAGUUGGACGAGGAAGAGAGAAAUCACAUCGAAAAGAUCAUACACGGAAUGCAUAAUUACGCCCUCAAGACACUUAUGCUGGCUUUUAGGGAUAUCUCGCUCAAGGACGAGGAGGUGCGUGACAUGUUCGACGAUCACGACUUCAACGAUGAGGAGACCAUUGAAUCGAACCUCAUCCUACUGGCUGUCUUUGGAAUCGAAGAUCCUUUGAGGCCAGAUUCCGCUGAGUAUGUGAGUUUGUGUCAACGAGCGGGGAUCAAAGUCCGAAUUACAACGACUGAUAAAAUGAAAUCAGCUCAAUCGAUGGCCUACAAGUGUGGAAUUUUGAAGAGCAAGGAACAGACGAUGGCUCUCACAAGUACACAAUUCAAUAAACUCAUCAGGAGAGCUAGAGAUAAUAUCUUAUUUGAUUCGAUCUGGCCACAAUUGGUGGUCCUCUCGAACUGCACCCCCCAAGACAAAUUCAAUUUAGUUUCCGGCAUAAUGAAAAGUGAUAUGAACGCGAAAGAAAAGCAAGUUGUGCUUGUUACCGGGUCGGGAACAAAUGACGGAACAUCACUGGUCGAGGCAGACAUCGGAGUUGCCAUGGGCUUAACGGGAACAGAUGUGGCGAUAAGAGCGAGUGACUUGACAGUGUUGGACGACAGCUUCUCAACUGUCGUCCGCUCGGUCAUGUGGUGGAGAAACGUUUACAAGGGUGUAUCUAAUUUCCUGCAAUUUCAACUGACUGUUAAUCUGGUUGUGAUGUCAUUCUGCUUUAUCUGUGCAUGUCUCAUCAAGUACGUUCCAUUGAAGCCGAUGCAGAUGAUGUUCAUCAACCUUAUCAUCGAUCCAUUUGCAUCUUUUGCUUUCGGCACCCAGUAUCCAACGAAGCACCUCUGCAAGAAACCACCAUCGGCCUACAGCGACUUCAUCGUAACGAAGGAAGCCAUGCGAAACAUUGGCGGGCACGCCGCCUACCAGCUUAUCGUUCUUUUCUCUUUAUUAUAUGCCGGUCACACAGCGUUGGAGAUAGACAAUGCCAUGUCCUAUCCAAGGGAAGUGGAUUCCCGUCAGAACACGAUCAUAUACAAUUCAUUAAUCAUGAUGACCCUCUUCAACCAGAUCAAUUGCAGAAAAAUAUCGGACGAUUGUAACAUGUUUAGAGGCGUGUCUAUUGUUAUUACAACAACAACACAGGUAUUAUUGAUUGAAUUUGAAGUAGAGAUUUUUCACGUUGUCAAGUUGACGGUUGAUGAGUGGCUGUGGUGCGUUUCAUUCGGAGUUGGAGAACUUUUGUGG